AUGGCUGCCAGCACUAACGAUGGGCACAGUGCCUUUGUAAAUUUGGCAUAUGUACCGUCACGUCAUGCAUCGACCACAUCGAUUCCUGGUGAAUAUCGUAAAUCAUUGGAUGGUGACGAGGAACGUGCCGGAUCGGUUCGAAGUAAUGUUAGUACAAUAAAAAUUGAAACGAAACCGGAAGCUGGAGUAGGUGGCGAUCUUAAUGGCAAUGAUUGGUGGGAUUCCAAGCUACCCGAAACUGGCGUCCUUUGUUGUCUAAGUGUAAUACCAAAGGUAUUAUUGGCCGGCGCCAUAACACUUAUGGAUGAGGCGUACUAUAAAUUGGCCGUUUGGCUAAACGAUAAAGAAAAUUAUCGCCUGCAAUCGAAAUAUGAAAAUCAUCUGAUAGCCAAGGUUGCUCUAUUUCAAUUUGUCAACUCUUUUCUAUCGCUAUUCUAUAUAGCGUUUUAUUUGCGCGAUGAAGAGAAGCUUAAAGAGCAAUUGGCUGGCCUGCUGAUUUCUCGACAAAUUAUUGGUAAUUUACGUGAAUCCGCCCUGCCAUAUGUUGCCGAACAGGUACGUCUGGCCAAGUUGAGCUUCAAUAUGUGGGGUGCCUUGAGUCCAACUCAGGAUAAUAAUCGCACCUUUGCGGAAAGUGUGGCUGCGGCGGGAGCAGCUGGUUCUACGGACUCUGAGAAAACCAAACAGGCAAGUGGCACCUCAACUCCCAUGCAGCCGGGCACGCCAUCGAAGCAGCUACCCAAGAAACCAUCCACAGAUACGGGUUGUUCAACGCCAUCGACGACUACGAGUGCAACUAAACGGAAUAUUGGACAGGCGGAAAUUGAAAGUUCAUUGUAUAAGUACGACGGCACCUUUUCGGAUCAUUUGGAAAUGCUUGUCCAAAUGGGUUAUGUUGUGCUAUUUUCGGCCGCCUUCCCCCUGGCCGGAAUAUGUGCCCUCAUUAACAAUCUAAUGGAAAUUCGUUCCGAUGCCUUUAAAUUGGCCCAUGUACAUCAGAGGCCAUUUGGUCAACGUGUUGCCAACAUUGGAACCUGGCAGAAUGCCCUCAGCCUGCUGUCACUGGCUGCGGUCAUUGUGAAUUGUGCAUUGAUUGGCCUAUCCGGUCAAGUGUCACGUUUGUGGCCGGGCCUAACAACGGCACAAACGAUUAUUUUGAUAGUGACACUAGAGCAUAUCAUGUUGGGCCUACGUUCAGCUUUAACCUGGUUACUGCCAGAGUUACCAUCAUGGUUGGCAGCGGAAAUAGCCCGAGCCGAACAUUGCCGCCGUGAAAUGCAAUGUAAGGGCACCUCGCCACGACCCACACCACCAACACCGCCCAGUACCACCUCCACCCAACCGGAUCAUGAAUUGGCCGCCUUGAAUUUAGCCGAUGUUAAUAGUUGUGGUGCCGCUGUGUCGGCUGCUGCAGCUGCUGCCAAUCAACAGUCCAUACAGCGGCAAUUGUCCGAAGAUCUACUGUAUCAACAAGAGCUGCUGAAGCAGCGUGAAUUUGAACCCUAUGUCGAUGAAAUAUCCAGAUUUGGUUUGCAGCGUAAUAUCGAGGCGGAUGUAAAUGUUUUUGAGAAUCGUGACUCAUCACCGGAUUCACCACCAUCACAGACAAGCACAAUCCUCAUACGCCCCCUGCUUGAGUCCACACCACCCAUGGGUGGUGCCUCCUUGACAAGUCUUAAUCAGGAUGUUGGCCGUUCUCACAGCGGCGCAUGCAAAAAUUGUAAGCAGAAAAAGAAAAUACCGGAAAUACCCCCAUUUCAUGGAUAUUCAGUUCGUAAUUUAAGCUCCAUACCAAUACAAAGAUUGCACGCUUUAACGGGAGCUUCUGCAAGUUCCUUGGCCUUAAAUACCCGUCAAUGUAUGCAUCUACCAGAAAUACCACCCUUCCGGAAGAAAUCCACGGAUUCGGCCGAGCAAACUGGCAGUAGUGCCAGCAGUAGUCCCCAACGGACUACCGAAAAGAAAUUACCCACAAUAUCGAAGCUAUCGGAAAUACCGCCAUUUAAUGCCCGCAAAAUAUCCGCUGAGAGUACCAUGAAUUUGAAUAUAAGCGAUAAUUAUAAUAACAAAACCCAUGCACCCGAAUGGAUGUCACGUUUAAAAGUCAACGAUAAUGUUAAUCUACGUAGGAGUAUUGAUUGUAUAUCCAAGGAGCUUAAAAGCAAUACUGACACGAUGGAUAUUUUAAAGCCAGCACCAUCCUGGACAAAUGUGGCCAUCAAAUCGACAACAGCUGUUGCAGCCCAACCCCUGGCUGCCGUAACUCCAGGCUCUUCCGCGGGCCAGGCAACGCACAUUGUCGCCUCAUCUUCCUCUUCAUCCAGUGGUGGUGGAGCUUCACGCGUGGAGACCUCACGACCCAGUGUUGGGGCCAUAUCAACAACAUCGACCUCUUCAUUUCAAUUAAAUCAACAGCAACAGAAGGAACAACAGGCAUCCCAAUCGAACGACAAGGAUCAGGCUACAACCUCAACGAAAGCAGCGACAGGCACAACAUCCGGUGGCAAUACCACAGAUGAGGAGGCCAAAGAGAGAAAAAAUCGCCUCAAACAGAAGUUGGUGAAAAGUGCUCGAUCUGUGGCUAUCUUCUCAUUGAAGUUAAAAGAACGACGCCAGAGAGAGGCUGAAAAGGCGGCCACGAUAGCAAUAGAGCAUGCCAAGGCUUUAGCAAAACUACCGCCCCUACCACAACCCGGUGGUGAACUCUCCCUGAUACCCAUCGAACAGCUGAUACAAAUCGAAGAUAUAAAACCCCUGUUGAAAUCACCACCUUCUGCGAGUAGCAGUAAUACGACUGGAGCUGCUGGAUCAGGUUCCAAUGCUGCAGGUGCAUCCUCGUCGUCGGCGUUCUCCAACGCGUCAAAUGCUAAUGCGAAUACAACAACCUCAACAACGACAUCAUCAUCCUCCACAUCGGCGGCAUUACUGGCAGCAGCCGCUGCCCAUUUACAACAGCAGCAACAACAUCAGCCGCCAGGAUCGGCAUCGGGUAGUUUUUAA